AUGGCGGCGCGGCCCCCGGCCCGUCCCCAGCCCCCUCACUGCUCUCACACCCAGAGACGCCGGGAAUUCACCGGCUGCGCGCCGUACGAUGUGGCGCUGUUAGCCAAGCCCUCCAAGAGGGACAUCAGAGAAGAGGCGAUUUUGGCCGAGAGGGUGCGGGAGGAGGAGCAGCGUGAGCACGAGCGUGAGCUGCGGGUGUUCCUCCACUACCGCAACGUCUGCGACUGGCAGAAGGGCGGCGAGGACAAAUGGAUGCACCGCGCUGUCGAGAGGAAGGUCCGGGCCACCGUGCAGCAGUACCUGCAGGAGAUCGAUGUGAGAAGACGGAGGCUUCGUGACUUUCUGGAGGCAGAGGAAAGUAGGCACUUUGCUGAGGUGGAGGCACUUGAUGAAGAAAAGGCACUGGACAGAGAAGUAAAGAUGAAGGAGAAAGCAAAAUUACUGAGGGAGAAGAGAGAGCAAGAAAGACUACGAGUGGUGGCUGAAAAACGAGAGCAACAGUUCAGAAACCAAUGUGAGGAGUAUCGCAUACACUGUAAAAAACUGAGCGAGAAGGAACUGGGUGACUGCCAGCUGGCCCAGCAGACUCUAAGGAAGAUACUGAGAGAGGAAGAGGAGAUGCAGGAGCAGAAGCUGGAAGAGAUUUGUGAGAAGGAGCAGCUGGCUAAGGAUCAGGAAGCGGAGCUGAAGGCGCAGGAGGUGGCAGCGCGGAUCCAGGAAAUGGUGAACGUGCGGGAAGCCCAGCUGGCCGUGCACACCGCUCGCAGAGAGGAGAAGCAGCAGCAGAUCAGAAAGGAGGCUGAACGGCUGGCAGAAGAGCUGCAUCAGCUCAUGAAAGAAAAUGAAGAACUUGAGAGGAAGAAGCAACAUCAGCAGAAGGAAUGCAGGGACAUACUGCUCAAAGCAGUGCGGGACAAGGAGAAGCAGCUUGAUGAAGAAAAAAAAACUCAACUUGCCAUUGAGAAGAAGAUCUUGGAAGAAGAUUUUCAGGACCUCGACAGGGAACAUGCAGAGAUAAUAAAAAAAAAACAAGCACUGUUGAAGGAGCAGCUUACUUACCUGGAUCAUCUCGCUGAGCAGCUGAGGAGGGAGAAGGAGCAAGAGAAAGAGGACGAGAAGGUCUUCAAGGAAGAGAGGGAUCAGGUUUGGGCUGAGAAGGUUGAGAAAAUGAAACAAGAGAGGGAGGCUCGAUUUCAGCUGCUGAGAGAUGUCGUGUACACAAGACAGGCGCAGAUGGAGGAGAAGUUGCAGAAAAAAGCAGAGAGGAAAAUAGAGAUUGCUGAAGAGAAGAAGGCAAUGGCUGAAGCAGUGAGAGAAUUCGAACAAGAAGAAGAAUUAAAACGUAUAAGAAAAAUACAGAAGGCCAAAGAAUACAGAGACCAGCUCGCAACUCAAAUUCACUACCAACAGUGUCUCCAAAAAGCUGAGGAAGAGAAGAGGAAGAAAGAACAUGAAUUAAAUAUGGAAGCAGAGAGACAGUACCAAGAAAGGGUACAAUCCGUUUUGUCAAUGCCCAGUGAGUCCAUAGUAAAGCCCCCCACUACAAAAAAAGCACUAAUGCUUGACUCCUAAGGGCAUCACUCAUUAUGGUAUUUUAGCUCCCUCAGUUGCCUUUAAAAACGUUUUCUUAGGAUGCUUACACUUGACUUGAGUUGGAAGAACUCUCUCCACUGUGACACUCAAACAUUUAAUUCAAAUUACAAGGAACAUAGUAUUUUAAAGUUUAUUUUUCCCCCAUGGAUUUUUUUUUUACAAAUCUGAUAGGAUCCAAAGUGCCUGACAUUUUAAUUCAAGAAUACUGUCUGCUGUCUACAAUAUAAAGUGUAUUAUUAUCACAUGAAUAAUGCACAGGCAUUCUUUUAAAUAUGCACCAAGAAAAUUCGUAGAAAACUUUCAGCAAACCUUUAUUAAAAUGCCUUUCAAACUGGAAACGUUAGCAAAAUUAUUUUCGUUGUAUUUAGAUACCAAGUAUAAAACUCUGAAUGUAUUUUACUGUUGGGUG